CUGUUUACUUUCUUUAAUCUAAGGAACGUGUAAAAUCCGGAACCCUUGCACAACACGCGUAGUGCUAGCCCGGCCGUUGGACACUUUCUUUGGGGUUUGAAUUUGAGACUUCAGAUAAAAGGUUACGAAGGGAAACUGUAAAUGCUGUUUUGUAGCUGCGUUUUUGUCUAAAUAAACGUCUCUGAUAAGUCUUCUCUUUGGGCUUUGAGAUAAAUGACUUUGGCUGUUCAGAAUGUCUACGCUCUUUCCUUCCCUAUUUCCACGAGUAACUGAGACGUUGUGGUUUAAUUUGGAUCGUCCAUGUGUUGAUGAGAAUGAACUGAUUCAGCAAGAACAGCAACACCAGGCUUGGCUUCAAAGUAUAGUUGACAAAGAUCGGAACUUGGCUCCCGUUGGCAAGCCUGCAUCUGAGCCUUGUGAGACUGAAGAAGAAGAAGAUGACGAAGAUGAUGAAGACAGUGAAGAGGAUUCUGAGGAGGAUGAAGAUAUGCAAGAUAUGGAUGAGAUGAAUGACUAUAAUGAGUCCCCUGAUGAUGGGGAGAUUAAUGAGCUCUUGCUUACUGAAGAAAACGUAAAUGGACCAUGAAAACUGUAUCAACUAUGAGAAUAAUGCAGUUAAAAAGUACUGGAACUCCAUAUGAAAACAAGCGACUCACGACACUGUCACUGUAACUAAAUGGACAGGAAAAGGGAUGCAUGAUAUCUAGGCUGUGUUGUACUAUAGGGAUUAAAACUGCAUUUUGAGAGAAUGAAAAUAAAACACUAAAAAACAAAGUCAUCUGAGAAUGGCAGUCUGAAGGCCAUUUUGGGGUAUAAGAAAGUAAAGUGUAAUCAAAACUCUCAGAAAUGUUUCUGAUAUAUUAGUAAUGCACUGAAAAAUCAAGAUUUUGACACAAAACUGUAUUUUGGUUUUAAGAUGGAGGUUUCCUUAACCUUGACAUUUUUCAGUGUUUCUGGCAAUUGUUCUUACUGCAUACAAAAUUAACCAACUACAUGACCCCUGAUGAUAAUGAUAUUGAAUUUUCUGACUACAGAACUAACUUUUAUGUCUGUGAAAGACGGAACUGAUAUGCUUACUUGACAUGACUGCAGCUAUAGAUAGUUUUGUUGGACAAAUGGCUUCUUUGAUAUAUGUGGCACAGAUAAUUUUCACAACUGCAAACGUGACAUGUCACAUUUACACAUGUAUGAUUUGGAAGUUCAUUAGGCACCGUGAAUGCUUUGCCAGUGUUUAUGAGUUUUGUACUUUGUUUCUAGAAAGAAGCAGACCACAUGACAUUCACUUCCUGUAGCUAGGUGUUGUCAUAUUUAAAAAUACAUACCUACAUGUGUUGCAGUACACUACAAGCUAGCUUAUGUCUGCAGAUUUGUAGUUUGGUCGGUGGGCUUCUGUGCAAGCAUACAGUGUUCCUCAGUGUGGUACUCAUUUGCCAUCUGUAUAGUGCGGCUGGUCACUUUAAUAUAUUUUAAAUAUUUGUCACAAGUUGCAGCUUGUAAUGCUGAGUAAAAUCCCAUAGAAGUUGGCUUUCUAUUACAUACAUAGGCAUCCCUCCAUUAUAUUAACCUAAUGCUUGCAUUUUCCCUUGUGAAGGGCUCCAUUCAGAAAAUCGGUGUAUCAUUUCAAAAAUCUGGCUAUUUCCUUACAGCACUGCAUAUAACUUUUACUCCUAGAUAGAGUAGGGGCUGUGUUGUAUAUGUUUUAUGUAACUUCGUGAGGAAAAAAUAAUAAAACUAA